UCGUGAAACCCCUACAACAUAGGCAAUAUAACCAAAAACAAACAGAUUCCCUCCUUCUCCCUUCCUUCCCCCUCUCUCUCCUCACCUCCAAUUACCCCUUACCUAGAAUACAGGCACCUACCUAUACUAUGUUGGGGACCCCCUUCUCUCCCUUCUUCUAACACCUUACCCUCGGCCGCGACCUGCUAUCCACCUACGACCCGGCACAAUGGGUCGCCGCCCCUCCGUCUCGUCGGUCUCCCUGUCGACCGACACCGAGCCCGACUACAGGGAUGUCAUGCUCGAAUGCCCCUUCGGCCAUCUUGAGACCCUCUCGCGCACGGAGUUGCGUGAGACCGCAUACGAGCUCUUCUUCAUGUCGUGCCGCUCCUCACCCGGCUUUGGUGGUAAUGGCAGGAGUGGAGCCUUGAACUAUUAUCCAUCAGAAAAUGCGAGCGGCGGCAACGGCGGAGGGGACGGAUCGGCGACGGGAGGGGGACCGAAGGGCGGGACAGGGAUGAUGUUGGUAAAUAGCAAGAUUAAGAAGGCGCUAGGACUGAAAGCGAGGAGGUCGUCGCGGCUGAUGAGGUCGAUGAGCCAGUCGGGGCCCACCGCAGGGCUCGGGAGUCCCGGUUCACCUGGGAAGGUGAAGCGGCCGAUGACGUCCGCGGAGAUCAUGCGGCAACAGAUGCGCGUGACCGACCAGAGUGACGGCCGGCUCCGAAAAACCCUCAUGCGGACCCUCGUUGGUCAGGUAGGAAGAAGAGCAGAGACCAUCAUCCUUCCCCUGGAGCUCCUCCGACAACUGAAGCCCUCCGAAUUCAACGACACCCAGGAGUACCACCAAUGGCAACGCCGCCAGCUCAAGGUCCUCGAAGCCGGGCUCAUCUCCCACCCCUUGAUCCCUCUAGACCGGCUGAACUCCGCGGCUCUCCGUUUCCGCGAAGUCAUCCGUGCGAGCGAGCUGAAGCCGAUGGACACGAGCAAGAACUCGGACGCCAUGCGGAACUUGUGCAACUCCGUGCUCUCCCUAGCGUGGCGCAGUUGCAACGGUGGCUCUCCGACCGACGCUUGCCAUUGGGCCGACGGCUACCCGCUCAACAUCCACCUCUACUUAGCCCUUCUUCAGUCGGUGUUCGAUCACCGCGAAGAGACCGUCAUAUUGGACGAAGUCGACGAGCUCGUCGAGCUGAUGAGAAAGACGUGGCCAUGUUUGGGGAUAAAUAGGAUGAUCCACAACGCGUGCUUCGCUUGGGCGCUAUUCCAGCAGUACGUGGUCACUGGACAAGUCGAAACGGAUUUGAUAUGCUCGACGCUGGCCAUGUUGGCGGAGGUGGCGAGCGACGCGAAGAAGGCCGACCGCGAGGGGUGUUACGUGAAGGUGCUGUCGAGCGUCCUGACCGCCAUGCAGGCGUGGGCGGAGAGGAAGUUGUUGGAUUAUCAUGAAAGUUUCGAUAAGAGCUCGGCUGCGAAUAUGGAUAAAGUACUCUCGGUGGCGCUUUCGACCACCAAGAUCAUUGCUGAGGAUCUUUCCGGCAUGGGAAGCGGAGUAGGAUUCAUCGACCGAGAGGCAAGUGGGAUGGUGAAUUCUUCGAAUAACCGAGUGGAUUUCUACAUAAGGUCUUCCAUGAGGAAUGCUUUCACCAAGAUACUGGAGAAUGGAAUCGGACACGCCGACAGCAUGGUCGCCGAAGUUUAUGAGGAUCCGAGCAACAUCCUAACGGAGCUGGCGAAAGACACCGAGCAAUUGGCUCUACUGGAGAAGGAAACGUACAGUCCCGUACUGAAGAGGUGGCACCCGGGCCCGACGGCCCUCGCGGUCGUGACCCUUCACAACUGCUUCGGCGUGGUGCUGAAGCAGUACGUGGCCAAGAUCACCAGCCUGACCAACGAGCUGGUUCGAGUCCUGCAGUCCGCGGGGAGACUGGAGAAGGCAUUGGUGCAGAUGGUCGUCGAGGACUCCGCAGAGUGCGAGGACGGCGGUAAGGGCAUCGUGAGGGAGAUGGCCCCUUAUGAAGUGGACUCCAUUGUGGUGAGCCUCCUCAAAUCUUGGAUAGAUGAGAGGCUGAGGAUUGGGAAGGAGUGCCUUAAAAGAGCAAAAGAAACAGAGAGCUGGAUCCCGAGGUCCAAAAAUGAGCCAUAUGCGCAAUCUGCAGUGGAUUUGAUGAAGUUGGCUAAGGUGACAGUGGAUGAAUUCUUCGAGAUUCCGGUGGGAGCGAGGGAUGAGAUGGUUCAAGACCUUGCUGAUGGCCUGGAGAGUAUCUUCCAGGAAUACACCUCCUUUGUUGCAUCCUGUGGAACCAAGCACAGCUACCUCCCCACCCUCCCUCCCCUGACGAGGUGCAAUCAGGACUCCCGGUUCGGCCGGCUCUGGAAGAGGGCGGCCACCCCGUGCCGUGCGGGGGACGGUGCCAUCCACGGCAUCGUUGGCGGCCGAAGCGGCAGCUCAUCUUCAUCGGCGGUGGACGGCCACCACCCGCGCCCCUCCACAAGCCGCGGCACGCAGCGCCUGUACAUCCGCCUCAACACCCUCCACUACCUCCUCGCCCACCUCCUCUCCCUCGACAAGUCCCUCUCCUUCUUCUCCUCCUCCUCCUCCUCCCACACCCCCUCCGCCAUCUCCUCCUCCGGCCCCGUCUCCUCCAACCGCCGUGUCGCCCCCUCCACCCGCCGCUUCGACGUUGCCCGCUCCACCGUUCUCUCCGCCAUCCAGCACGUCUCCGAGAUUGCCGCGUACCGCCUCGUCUUCCUUGACUCGCGCCGCUCCUUCUACGACUCUCUCUACGUCGGCGACGUCGCCAACACCCGCAUCCGCCCCGGCCUGCGCAUCCUCAAGCAAAACCUCACUCUCCUUGUCUCCCUCCUUGUCGACCGUGCACAGCCGCUGGCCGUGAGGGAGGUCAUGAAGGCGUCCUUCGACGCGUUCCUGAUGGUGCUGCUGGCGGGUGGGAGCGACCGGGCGUUCAUGCUGUCAGACUACGAGAUGGUGGCGGACGACUUUCGGAGCCUGAAGCGCGUGUUCUGCACGUGCGGGGAGGGGCUGGUGGCGGAGGACGUGGUGGAGCGGGAGGCGGAGGUCGUGGAGGGGAUCGUGCGGCUGAUGUCGCAGCCGACAGAGCGGCUCGUCGAGGACUUCAGCAUUGCGGCAUGCGAGGCCAGUGGGAUUGGCGGUGGUGGCGGGUCUGGGUCGGGGCACUGCAGGGUGCUCCCCAUGCCGCCGACGACGGGGCGGUGGAGCCGCUCCGACCCGAACACGAUACUGCGAGUGCUGUGCCACCGGAACGACGACGUCGCCAACCAGUUCUUGAAGCGGACGUUCCAGCUUGCGAAGAGAAGGUGAAUCGAAUUGGGAGAGUUGGUGUCAACAUGCGUACAAGUAUUACAAUAUAUAGCAGCAGAAGCAGCAGGUGGUGUUAAUAUUGUUUUGUGUAUCUCUAAACUGUUGAAGCUAAAAAGGGGGAUUUAUGUAUCAAAUUAAGUAAUGUUAGAAAGGAGAAGGGGAAGGAGGGGAGACUAUAAUUUGAAUAUGUGCAAAAAUUUAUACUCAAAUUUUCGUUCCUUUUAUACUAAACCGUGGGUUAGCAGGUUCCUUGUCUU